CUUUUUCUUUUCCGUGGAAUAGGCGAAUAGCCAAAUCAUGUUAGAAUGGGCCGGGUUGGCUCUCCACUCUUUUCACAUGUGCCCAGCCUACUAACUCCUGCUUUUGGGCCCUUAUGGGCUUGCCUUGCCAACUUCAAAGGCCUCUUCUUCCUAAGAGAUUGAGACAGACGGACGGACGGACAGGGUGGGAGGAGAGAUGAGCAUCAAGUGUGGUAGUAUUGCUAUGGUGGCAUCGUCGAGGCCUGUACUGAGACCCAUGUUCGUGGCUUCCAAUACCAAGACUAACACAGAGCAGCUUCGAACCCAACUCGAUCAACUUCACACAGAAGCACAGACCACCAGAGCCAAAGCAAACAAUGCAAGAAUGAGACUUUUGCGAUUGUCAGAGGCAGCAGAAAAGCUUAAACGUCAAGCAGUUGUCAGUGUCCAUACUGGGAAUGAAGAUGAUGCGAGGGAGCUACUUUUUCAGAAGAAGAAGAUUAUGCAGUCUAUGGAAAGAUCAAAGAGUCGCAUUGAAUUGCUUGAUAAACUUUCUGCAAAACUUACUGAGGCAAUUUCCGUGAAAGAGACUCAACUAAUUGGGAAUGUAGCUUUAGAUCUUGAAGUGGACAGAGAAGACUCUUCUGGUCCAAUUCGAGUUGUGUCUCCGAAGGAAGAUUUUAUAGAUGACAGAGACGAUGCCGAAGAAUUUGGUCCCAAGAGCCUGAAACUUGAAAAUGAUGACUUGCAGUUCCAUUCAGAUGAUGAAGCAAACCCGCCUGUAGCCAAGGAGAGAGAGGAUUUUGGGGGAUAUCUUAGGAGGUCAAUUGGUAAUGAAGAAGGAAGCAUAAUCAGUAGCUUGAAGGGAAUAUCCUCUUAUGGAGAUUUCUUGGAGCAUGUGGAUCAACAACUCAACAAAAUUGAAGUAGAACUUGUCACUGUUUUGAAUGUAUCAACCUUGGUGAUGAAUGAUAAAGAGAAGCAAAAUUUAAAGGUGCAACAGACCAUGGAACUUCUUGAGAACAUCUGUAGCAUUAGGCAGAGGAUUGCAGGAAUCACACGGGAAACGGUGAAGUCCAUAUAAAGCUUCAUUAUUAAGUAUCAUGAUCGUCACAAGGUGAUGCUUUACAUUCUGCGUGAAAUCCACGUGAAAGGAGGAAUCUUUUGGGACACCUUGUUUACACAUAUAUCAGCAUAAAGCUCCCUAGAAUUAAUCCAGAUUGAUUGUAUACUUCAUUCAAUCUGUCAUGGGUUCAGAUUGAGGUCAUCAUAGGCAGAAUCUAAACGAUUAGGUGCACUGAGGAAGCUUCAGUGGAGUCUGUGCCCGCCUUCUUGAGCUUACAUUCAACACAUUCAGUUUAACUGCAACACUAGUGAUGAAAUUUGCAUUUAUCAUCUCAUGCAGUCCAUUGCAUCAGAAUGUAGAGAAAAUUGCAGGUGGAAGAAGGAAUCUUAAUGUUUGUUUGUCUUGUACAUCUAUUAUCAAAUUUUUAUUUUUUUUGA